AUGCAAGUCUACGAACACCCCGCAUCCUCCACCCUCCAAGCUGCUCUAAAAUCCACCCUUCCCCACAGCAUAAGCCUCUCCUACCGCACCAAACACCCGAACCGCACGAAAGAUGCUCACGUACUUGCUUCCUUCCCUCCCAACACCACCACCGAAAAUCUACCACGAUGCUGGGCCGCAGCUUACUUCGACCGGUCCAUGCGCCCCGAAACAGAACUCUGGAUCUUCACUACUGGAGAGAUUCCCGAGCACUAUACGUCACCAGAUCAGAAGAAGGGAGACCAAGAAUUCUGCCCGGAGUGUAGAAAAGCAGUGUUGUCGUUGAUAGACUAUAUGAGUCGUCUACCGAUUCCGCCUUUGCACCCGGAGAGCGAGCCUGCGCUCGAGCUGGCAAGGCAGCAUGAGCAAGAGUUUCCGCAACGAGGACCAGAUGCAAAAUAUCCACCAGGCCCGGGGCUGUACAUGCGACAUCUGCUCAUUCCGACUGUCGUCACGCUGGGUGCCUGCCACCAGCAAGUUGUCAAAGUGUUGGCGGAAGCGGGCAUACUGUGUAAAGAGUUCCCAGGGCCUGAAGCGGAAUUGAAUAAAUUCUGGUUCAAAGUAUCUGAUUUACCACGUACGAAAGACUUGCCCGAGGAACUGCGCUGGGGCGAGAUGCGCGAAACGGAUAUGGCAAUUGUGCAGACACGCACGUCCAUACCGCGGACAACGCGAACAUUGAUGAGUCUGAAAAGUGUGGGUGUUUUUGAAAGAUCUACGGAUAGACCCGUGGCAUGGACAUUUCUAGGAUUGGACGGGUCACUGACAACGCUGCACACGGAGCCUGAGUGGAGAGGGAAGGGUAUUGCCAAAGCAGUGGCCGUGAAGAUUUUCAUGGAGCAUGCGCCUGGGCUUGCUGUUGACGAGGUAGGGGAUGCUUGGGCACACGCGGACGUUUAUCUGGGGAAUGUGCAGAGUGAGAGCGUGUGUAGGAGUUUGGGCGGAAAACCUUCGGUGAAGAUAUUAUGGGUCAGGAUAGACAUCGGAAAGGGGACUGGCUCAAGAGCAUAA